UUGCUAGGACCAGGUGGUCUCCUGGCUAGAAAGACCGUUAUUCUUGUAACACAUUCCAUGGAAUUCACGAAGAACGCAACAGUUAUUCAUGUGAUGGAAGGAGGAAAGAUUGUCGACCGAGGAACGUACGAGGAACUAGUGGAAAGGAGCAGCGUUUUCAGUGAAAUCAAACGCGAACUAGAAGAAAUCCAGAAGAAGAGAAGCAAUUCGGAAGAGCCUUCAAUCAAGAGGCACAAAAAGCCAAAGACAGUCAUGUUCGAGCCACCACAACCUUCUACCUCCAGACAACUGGAAUCAGCUCUGAGCAGCAUUUGGUUAUCUCACUGGGCAGACGCUAACGUUAAGGAAACCAAUAGCAGAAGUACACUACGAGGUCUUGUUAUAUUCAUCGCCUUGGGAUUCGGCACC